AUAUAUAACACCUUCCUUCCUCCUCUCAAUUCAUUUUUUCUCAAAAACAAAAAAAAAAACUAAAUUCAUCAUCAACAAAACACACACAAAAUUAGAAGAUAAACACAAGCACUAAGAAAAAGAAAAAAAAUGGAUUCCAACUCAGAGUGCAAGGACAAGAAGAAAAGUAUAACACAAUCAAUGCUGCUCUGCUGCAAGCUGUACAUAUCCGAAUCACGCAACAGAGAAGCUCUUGAACCUAUUGAGCGUGCUGCCAAACUUGAUCCGGAAACAGUCAUUAUUAACAAAUUUCAGGAUCGUGAUUACAAUCGUGUGAACUAUACUCUUGUAUCAUAUGUUAUUCAUGACAGCACAGGCUGUCCUAUUUAUAGUCCCUUGCAUCAAACUGUCGUAGCCAUGGUUACUGCAGCCUAUGACGCGAUAAACCUUGAGCAGCACUCUGGUGCACAUCCUCGCCUUGGCGUUGUGGAUGACAUUCUCAUUCAUCCAUUAGCGCGAGCUUCACUCGAUGAAGCUUCUUGGCUUGCUAAAAAGGUUGCAGCUGAUAUUGGAAACCGAUUUCAAGUACCUGUUUAUUUAUAUGCUGCUGCUCACCCAAUGGGAAAAGCACUGGACACCAUAAGGAGGGAGUUAGGCUAUUACCGGCCUAACUUCAGGGGCAUUCAAUGGGCAGGGUGGGCUCAACCAGAGCAGGUCCCGGUCAAACCUGAUGAAGGUCCAGAGGUGGUGUCUCGUGCUAGAGGUGUCGUGAUGAUUGGAGCUCAUAAAUGGGUAGCAAUGUACAACAUCCCAAUAAUGUCCACGGAUCUCUCAGCUGCAAGACGUAUUGCUCAGAGAGUGAGUGCUCGAGGUGGAGGCUUACCAACCGUGCAAACUCUAGGCCUGUUUCACGGUGAGGACUCAACCGAGAUAGCUUGCAUUCUUCUAGAACCGAACCAAAUUGGAGCUGAUCGCGUUCAGAACCAUGUUGAGACACUGGCAUCUCAAGAAAACUUGGAUGUAGAGAAAGGGUAUUUCACUGACUUGUCACCUGAAAUGAUAAUUGAAAGAUAUAUGAAACUAAUUUCCAGUUCAAGCUGAUUUAUCAGUGUAAGCUGUGUAUAAAACUACUCAACUCUGCCUUUAAGCUUCUGUCAAUAAGAGAAAUUUAACUUUUCAUUCCAAAUGAUGUUUGAAUGGAUCUGAAAAUGCAUUGACAAAUGUAAUAGAAUGGUUACUUUCCAGUGGAUAAUUUUCAUAUUUAUUUUUGUA